CUACUUCCUGCUGGAAAUGUUACUUCUGAGAAGAUUUCUAAUAAUCACAAUACAAAGUUAGCAACUACGCUCAAAAUGGAAUCGGGUACUGAUUGGUUAUGUGACAUAUUACAAAAUGUGCAAUUGGAACAGUUUUAUAUACCAAUUAGAGAUCAACUACAGAUUACGCGAUUGGCACAUUUUGACUAUGUACAUGCUGAAGACCUUGAAAAAAUUGGCAUCAGUAAGCCUGGCAUUCGAAGACUCCUUGAUGCUGUCAGAAAAAAGAAACUGCAGUUGUGGAAUAGAAAAUUUUGGAACAAAUUAUUUGGUUCAGGUUCCGUUACUCGAGAAAAGACUGAUCUAGCACUAAAACCCCAAGUGCCAAGUGAGGCUCGUACAACUUGUAUAAUAUUAGAAAAAGAUAUUGUGUUGCAUAAUGAAUUAGGUAAUGGAUCGUUUGGUGUUGUAAAACGAGGCGAGUGGAGAAUGUCAGACCAACCCAAUCAAAUGGUGCCGGUUGCAGUCAAAGUCUUAAAGGCUGAUGCAUUUUCACAGCCCGGGAUUUACGAUGACUUUAGGCGGGAGGUUGAGGCAAUGCAUAGCUUGAAGCAUCCAAACUUAAUUAAGCUGCAUGGUGUUGUAUUUCAUCCAUUGAUGAUGGUGUGCGAAUUGGCCCCUAUGGGUGCUUUAUUAGAUUAUAUAAGAGCGCAAGACGGCAAGGUGUCAUUGAAUUACAUUUCAAAGUGGUCGGGUCAAGUUGCAGCUGGAAUGGCGCAUUUGGAGAAAAAUCGAUUCUUACACAGAGAUUUAGCUUGCCGAAACAUAUUAUUGUCUAAUUUAGAAUUGGUAAAAAUUGGAGAUUUUGGUCUUAUGUGUGCGUUACCAGAUGCCGACGAUUGUUAUGUGAUGAGUGAACGACGUAGAGUACCGUUCCCUUGGUGCGCACCUGAGUCGUUGAGAUCUAGACAAUUUUCUCAUGCAUCUGAUGUUUGGAUGUUUGCUGUUGCUUUGUGGGAAAUGUAUACUUUUGGAGAAGAACCUUGGAUGGGGUUAAACGGCUCAGAAAUCCUUCGUCUGAUAAUGCGGGAAGGGCAACGGUUAUCAGCGCCCAACGCUUGCCCACCGGAUGUUUACAUGCUAAUGAUGCAAUGUUGGGAUCUCAAUCCCAAAGAAAGACCUACAUUUGCUGGUAUACAGAGGUACAUGGAGACGAACAAGUUUGAAACCUCAAUAGCUAGUCUUAGUUAUAGAAAACAAGGCCAAAUGACAAUAGAAGCAGGGGACGCAAUAGUGCUCAUAGAUAAACGACCGGAACUUCACUGGUGGAAGGGACAGAACCAAAGAACUCUCGAAGUUGGACUAUUUCCCAGUACAUUGGUGACAGCAGUUAAGAAAAAAAACAUUCAAGCCGCAAAGAAGCCCCAAACAGUUUCACCAGUUCGAAAGGCUCAACCAAAUAUCGUACAAGACGAUACAGAAGUUGUACUAAGGAAGCGUCGUACUAUCGAAUCGACGCAACCGUCCAGUACUCGAGCCGGCAACAACGCCAGCAAACAAUUCAACUACAACAAGUUGAUCAACGAUAGAACUAUGUUACAAUCGGAUAAACUAUCAAGAACAACUAGGGAUAACUAUUCGAAGAGUUUGAAUCAAGUGAGAGAAGACUUACUCAUCGACUUGGAUUUGCCUCCAUCGAUUAAUAAAACACCAACGAAAAAGCAGACAAAUUCCAAUAAUAUAUCAAUAUUAGAUGAACCAAUCGAUGUGCCGGAAAUUGGUCCCGAAUUGGAUUGGGGACAACAAAGCAUAGAGAGUCUGCCGACAUAUUGCACAGAAUCACAACCAGUGACGUCACAACCGAAUCUCUACGGUGCCAAAUCUUUAGACGGCCUCAAUUUGACGACUACUCAAGCCUACACGCCUCACCCGGACCCCUUCGACACCUCAUUAACAUAUUGGCCGACGGCUAAAACUGAAUCUCAUAGACCAAACUAUGACAUACAAAUCGACGAUUCUCAUAAUAGAUAUAGUCAAUCUCAAACAUACUCGAAUUACGCCUCAACAAGCACAGAAGCAAAUACAUACAACAACGUGGCUCCUUCUACGAGUAAUACGAGCCAAUCUUCUACCUACAGUACUUUAACUAGUACAUAUUCGACUAUAAAUGCUCUCAGAAAUACAGAAUCACAAAUGGCAUCUAUAAAUGAUAACGUUAAUUCGUUAGCUGAAAUGUCGUUAGACGAUAAAAUCUCUGAAUCGUUGAAUCUCAGGUCGAAGAAUACAAAUGAAAAUAUAUAUGCGAAUAGCAAUGCGUAUGGGGAGGUUGCAUCGACUUCGAACUACGGAAAUACGAAUAACGACAGGUACAACGAUAUACCGAUGUACAGUAACUUUGAGAUAACUCCGAAUCAACAGCAGUUUAUUUUGGAAACAAAGGAUUAUUACACGAAAUUUUCAACACCCUCUGGAAGUCAAACGAAUAAUGACUACGCAAAGAACAUUUAUGUGCCGAAGUACGAAGAGGAGGCAGAGAAAUUAAAGAAUUUUAGUGAUUCUCUCGAAAAUUCUAAGAAUUACAGCGCUUUGAAAUAUCAGAAUGUUGAUUAUGGACAGUAUGGUUAUGCUGGGUAUGGUGCGUCUACUUCUAGAAAUGUUUUGUAUGACGAGGUUAAUGAUACAGCUAGUAAUGUUUAUAGUGAGAUUGGUGAAGGAUCGGAUGUUUAUAAUAGUGUGAAUUAUACAAACACGUGUUUGUAUGAUGAAGUGUAUGAGCCCGUUUCUAGGCCUCAUCGUCCAGCGCCCCCUUGCCCUUAUAAACCUAAGUAAAAUUUUUAGUUUGUGUGAUAAGCUUAUAGGAUAUAAUCUAUUUUUUCUUUUUAAUUUUUGUACAAAUAUUAAACUUAUAUUUUGUUAUUCAAAAUUAAGCUUAGACUAAAAAUGAAAACGUGUACAUUAUGAGAAUUGUAAUUGUUUUAAAUUAUUUUCAUUCAUACACCGAUUCAAACAAGGUUACUUUGAUUUUAAAAAUGGUAAAAGGUAAGGAAAACGACUGAAAUUAUAGGAAAAUUGAAAUUAUUAAUAAUUUUGUGAAAUUAUUAGUUGUAAUAUUGUUUCUAACGUUUAGAUAAUACUAAUCUAAAAUUUAUUUUGUUAAGAAAAUAUAGAAAAUAAAGAAGUACCGCUUACAAAUUUACACUAGUAUUACCUAAAAAAUGUUUUAAAAGUUGUAAAAAAAGUUAUACUUCUAGUAUUGUGUAAAUGAUUUAAUAAAUGAUAUAAAAAAGAAAGUAUGACGAAAAGUAAUAACAACAGUUGUAAAAGCUUAUUUAUUUGCUUGCUUUUACCUAACAACUAUGUAAGUAAUUAGGUAUAUGUCAUUGUAAACGAAUAUUACAGCGGCGACUGUAUCAUGAGUAACAUUUCAGUUUUUGGGUCUUUUAUUGGCCUCUAUAGAAUCUGUUUUUAUUUACGAAUGUUUAAUGAACUAAGUCAUAGAUCCUAAAAUUGUGUCAUUUUCGAAAAGAGUAAUAUGAAAUGUGUUCUUGUGUACUGUUGCGAGGUUCCGAUUCUCGCUAAGACCAGUUAAUUUAUUUUCAUAAAUAUUUGUUUCUGAUUUAGAUAUUUGUUCUUGCAAUCUCCGUACUAUUGUUCUGCGAACAUGUAAGUUCCGGUUAUUAUCAUAAGCACUUGUUGACCGUAAACUCAGUCCAUUUAUUUAUAAUACAUACUUGUAUAUUAAAAGAAAAGUCGUAAAAACUAAUA